AUGGCUUCCUCAGAGAAGGCGGCUGUGCCUGUACUGUCGCCCUCGAAGCGAAUUGUCUUCUUCCAUCCGGACUUGGGGAUUGGGGGUGCUGAGAGGCUGAUUGUUGAUGCCGCGGUCGGUCUUCAAGAGCAGGGAAACAAAGUCACAAUCUUCACUUCGCAUUGCGACCCUAGUCACUGCUUUGAAGAGGCACGAGAUGGCACCCUCGACGUCAGAGUCCAUGGAAACACACUCUUCCCCCCCUCUUUCCUGAAUCGCUUCCACAUCCUGCUCGCAAUCCUCCGUCAAAUUCAUCUUGUUCUCUCCAUCGCAGUGUGGAGCAAUGAAUUGAGCACACUCCGACCCGAUGUCUUUGUGGUCGACCAGCUCUCCGCCUGCGUUCCGCUUCUGCGAUGGUUAUACCCUCACCGCCAGCGGACCCUGUUUUAUUGCCAUUUUCCAGACCAGUUACUCGCCGAUCGCAAAGCUGCUGGCCUGCUUGGACUUGCAAAAACAAUAUACAGGUUCCCUUUCGACUGGCUUGAAGGCUGGAGCAUGAGCGCCAGUGACAGGAUAGUUGUCAACUCCGAGUUUACAAAAUCCGUCGCCUCGAGAGUCUGGCCCUCCUUGGCCGGCUCAUUAGGUGUCAUAUAUCCCUGCGUCAAUGAUGGAGGAAAAGAGACCGAAGCCGAAGUAGACGACACGUCACUGUGGGACGGUCAAUACAAGAUUCUCCUCAGCAUAAAUCGAUUUGAGCGGAAAAAAGAUAUCAGCUUGGCCAUCCGAGCUUAUCAUAAACUGCCUCCUACGGCCCGUCAAGGUACCCGGCUGAUCAUAGCUGGGGGCUACGACCAGAGGGUCAAUGAGAAUGUGGAAUAUCACAGAGAGCUGGUGGACUUGGCCGAAAGGCUAGGUCUAUCUGCGGCAACUGCCAAAACAGUCCCAACAGCUUUAGGCAUUCCGAGCAGCAUACAAGUAUUGUUCUUGCUGUCCGUGCCAGGCUUCUUCAAGGAGACUCUCCUGAAAAAUGCUCGUUUGCUUUUGUACACCCCUUCGAACGAGCACUUUGGAAUUGUGCCGGUGGAAGCUAUGCAACACGGGCUCCCUGUUCUCGCUUCAAAUACCGGUGGACCCUUAGAGACCAUCGUCGAGGGCCAGACAGGUUGGUUACGUGACUCAUCCAAGGUGGAAGACUGGACUGCAAUCAUCAACAAAGUGUUGCAUGAACUCGGCACGGAUGACCUCGAACGCAUGGGUCGGAGUGGGCGAGAAAGGGUCCGGGAGCACUUUACUAGGAGUACAAUGGCAGGAAAACUCAGCAAGGAGAUGGCCCAGAUGCUGAAGAGCAAGAGGAGUACCUUUCUGGAGAGGAAAGACAUCGUCUUAGCCGUGUGGCUCACAGCAGCUUUUGCAGCAGCGUUGCUGGCCACAGUCAUCAAGGCCAAGUACGGUCGAGGGGAUAGCAGGGCAAGUGAAUUCGCUCGCGCCAGGAGAAUGAACCCCGAGGCCGGUCCGCGACUGCAACUUUUUGAUGGCAGACAAUAG